UGUUACCAAGUAAACCCACACACACUUCAAGAGAAUAAGAAACAAAAGAAAAAGAACUCUACUUGGGGGCUGAAGAUCACACAACACCACUAAGGAAGGAGAAAACAAAACCCUUAUUGUAUUGGAUUGGGGUUCCAUAAGGGGCAAAAGAAGUAAAAAGGAGGAGAUUGUAUCUUUGGGCUGGAGGAUAUAACAGGAUGAGCAAGGUUUUGGAGGGGAGAAAAUCAAUAAAAGGAACACGGUAACAGCGAAAGAGGGAAGGUAUCAUCAGUUUGGAAGGAGAGCAUGGAGCACAGUUGGAGAGGGGAGAAGAGACGAAACAAAGGGCUCAGCGAACACGCAUGAGCCAAAUUCGAAGCUUCAAUCAAAAUUUUCAGCCAUGCUUUCUCAUGAUUGGGGCUUUCUUGUGAACUGGAGAUGCAUACUCUAACAAGCCACAGGAUGAAGGGUGGGACUCACUUUGUUGGAGUAAGCAAUGUGGUGGACUUGGAUUUAGAGAUGUGCUUACCUGGAAUACAGCUUGUUUAGGUAAGUAUGUUUGGGCCAUAACUUCUAAACAAGACAAUGUCUGGAUAAAAUGGAUUCACUCUGUGAAUGUGAAAGGGGAGAAUUGGUGGCACUAUAUUCCUAAGGGAGGAGUUAGCUGGUAUUGGAAGAGAAUCUGUAUGAUCAAAGCGGAAUUAAAGAGGCAUUAUACUGAAGCUGAACUUUCUCUGUUGCCAAAAUACUCUAUACAAGAUGUAUAUGAUGAACUCAAGGGAGACAAGCAGAAGGUAACAUGGGAUAAGAUGGCGUGGAAUAGACUGAGUGUUUCUAAACAUAGAUUUAUAAGUUGGUUGGCAGCUCAAUCCAAGCUCCAGACAACAGCUAGGAUGGCUCAGAUUAGAAUCAAUGGCUCAGAUAGGUGUUUAAUCUGCAAUAAUGGGACUGAGGAUCAUGUUCACUUCUUUUUUCAAUGUCAAUAUAGUGAGAAGUGUCUCUUGGCACUGAAGAGAUGGUUGGGGAUUACAACAACAAGACAUACAUUUCAUGAUCUCAUCAGAUGGAUUCAGAAUUCUAAGAAGUCCAAAUUUGUGAAGCAAGUUUACUAUGCUGGUCUUGCAGCUUUAUUUUGUCAUAUUUUAUUUGGCAAGCUAGGAAUAGCAGUUAUUGGAAUGCUUAUAUCCAAGUGUGGAUUAUACAGUGAAGCAGCUCAGAAUAAUAGUCAAGAUGAGAAUUGGUACAAUGAUGCCAAAGAAGAUUAGUACGAGUGAUGUGAAUUGGUUCAGUAAUUUGUAGGGGGAUUUAAUCUCUUGUAAUCCUUAAAGAUGUGUCAUUCUUUUGUGAUGAAAGGUCCAACCUAGUUGGUUCGUUUAUCCUUAGGAAUGUUUAGGUUUAAUGUGUUGAUUAUCAAUGAAAGCUUGUUUACUUAUAAAAAAAAAUAAAAAUUAGUUCAA